AUGCCCCGCUCAAGGCCACCCGCUCGAGAAUCGAGCGAAGCUCCCUCCGAAUCCUCCUCCUCGACCUCCCCCGAUCGCACCGCAGAUGAUGACACCGACUUCUUCACAGCCCAGGCGAACGAUUCGGAGUCGUCCUUGGGCGCAAUCAACGGUCGGGAUUCCCAUGCCUACUACGAAUCAGAUCGAGCUCUACCGCCCAUCGGGCGCUUGCCCCCGGAGAUCUUGAUUGCCAUCUUCGCUAGACUGAGUUCGCCAGCCGAUAUGAUGAGCUGUAUGCUGAUCAUCAGCACCACCGUCAGCGACCCGAACAGCGCCUUCGCGUACUCGCAUCAGAUCAAGAGGUUGAAUCUAUCCGCUCUCUCGAGCGAUGUCAGUGACGGCACGGUGAUGAGCUUCGCACAAUGCAAUCGGAUCGAGCGGUUGACUCUGACCAAUUGCUCAAAGCUGUCGGAUAAAGGCGUGUCGGACUUGGUGGAAGGGAAUCGCCACUUACAAGCGUUGGAUGUUUCGGACUUGCGACAUCUCACCGAUCACACGCUGUACACGGUGGCUCGAAACUGUCCUCGCCUCCAGGGGCUGAACGUCACGAACUGCAACAAGAUUACCGACGACUCCCUGAUCGUCGUGUCUCGUAACUGCCGACAGAUCAAGCGGUUAAAACUGAAUGGAAUCGUGCAAGUCACGGAUAAAUCGAUUUUAUCGUUCUCGCAGAAUUGCCCGGCCAUCCUGGAGAUUGACCUUCAUGAUUGCAGACUCGUCACCAACCGAUCGAUCACUGCCUUGAUGACGACAUUACCCAACUUGCGCGAGCUGCGACUCGCCCACUGUACUGAGAUUGAUGAUAUGGCGUUCCUGGAACUGGCCCCUCAUAUCUCCUUGGACAGCCUCCGCAUCCUGGAUUUGACAUCCUGUGAGGGGGUCAAGGACGCUGCAGUUGAGCGGAUCGUGGCAUCAGCGCCACGCUUGCGGAAUCUAGUCCUCGCAAAAUGUCGAAUGAUCACGGAUCGCGCAGUCUGGGCCAUCUGCAAGCUCGGGAAGAAUCUGCACUACGUCCACUUGGGACACUGUUCCAAUAUCAGCGAUGCAGCCGUGAUGCAGUUGGUCAAGUCUUGCAACCGAAUACGGUAUAUAGACUUGGCGUGCUGUACCCGUUUGACAGAUGCCAGUGUGCAGCAGCUGGCUACCUUACCCAAACUCCGACGCAUUGGCCUGGUAAAGUGCAACGCCAUUACCGACGGCAGCAUUCUAGCUUUGGCGAGCCUCAAGGCUUCCCAUCACCAAUCAGGAAUCAGCAGUCUAGAGAGGGUACAUCUCAGUUACUGUACCUUGCUAAGCCUGAGUGGAAUCCAUGCUCUAGUCAAUAGCUGUCCUCGUCUUACGCAUCUCAGUCUCACGGGAAUCCAUGCGUUCUAUUCGCGAGAAGAUCUGACCAUGCACUGCCGCGAAGCACCUCCGGAGUUCACCCCCCAGCAGCGCGAAGUGUUUUGUGUUUUCAGCGGCGAUGGCGUGAACCAAUUGCGCAAUCAAUUGAACCACAUAAUCCCCCCUCCACCUCCGCCGCAGGACAUGACGGAGGUCACCAUGUACGAUGACGAUGAAGAACUCGAUGAGGAUGAUCAUCAGAUGGGUAAUCUGAUGCGCGCCACGGCGGCCACGGCAAUUCAAGACGAUGAUUACAUGGACAUUGGACAUACUCCCGAAAUGGCUACCCCGCGCGCCAACCCGCUGGCCUUUACGCGGUGGCCCGUCACCCUCAUCACCGCCGCCGUCUACCUCGCCUUCGUGAUUCCGCUGCUGGUUGUCCACCAUAUUCUGCCCUCGGCACCCAGUCCGUCUUCCACCCCGGACGGACUCGAUCUCGGCGAGGCUUGGGCCGAUCUUCAGGUCUUGACUAAUGGGUACCAUCCGUAUAAUUCUCGGCGGAAUGAUGAAAUUCGGGAGUGGUUGCUGAGUCGGGUUAAGGAGAUUGUGGGGGAGAAUGGGGCUGAUGUCAGGGUCGAGGGGACUGUUACUCCUACGACUUCUACUACUACGACUAUGCACCAUAUUACCGAUGAUGAUGAUGAUGAUGGCGGCGACAGCGCCACGAAACCCACUGUCUACAUCUUCGACGACAACCAGUCGAACCUCACUUUCGUCGGCAACUCGCUCAAAUCCUCCAACACGGCUGUCUACUUCGAGGGCACCAAUCUCAUUAUCUACAUCCGUGGCGAAGAGGAUGAUGAUUAUGACCCGGUCUUGGAUUCGGAUAACGGAGGAGGGAAAGGAGGCGGCGGCGGCGGCGUGCUGGUCAACGCCCACUAUGACAGCGUCUCUACCGGCUAUGGUGCGACGGACGACGGCGUUGGCGUCAUCACCUGCUUGCAAUUGAUCAAGUACUUCACGACACCUGGCCAUACCCCCCGUCGCGGAGUGGUGGUGCUGUUCAACAACGGCGAGGAGGACUUCCUGAACGGAGCGCGCGUGUUCAGUCAACAUCCGCUGUCGAAGUUCACGCAGACGUUUCUGAAUCUGGAGGGCGCCGGAGCGGGAGGUCGGGCGAUUCUGUUCAGAGGGAGUGAUGUCGAGGUCACGAGGAACUACAAGAGGGCGAAGCACCCGUUCGGCUCGGUGUUGGCGGCCAAUGGGUUCGAGGUCGGCCUCAUCAGCUCCCAGACGGACUAUGUCGUGUUCGACGGCGACCUGGGCAUGAGGGGUUUGGAUGUCGCGUUCAUGGAACCGAGGGCUAGGUAUCACACCGACCAGGAUGAUUCGAGGCAUACGACGGCGGAGAGUCUCUGGCAUAUGUUGGAGGCGGCAGUGAAGACGACGGAGGGGUUAGUCGGGGAUGAUGGGGACAGUGGGAAGAAGGGAUCGCGGGGCGUAUGGUUCGAUCUGUUCGGAGCCACCUUCGUGGUGUUCCAGCUGCAUACCUUGUUCGCCUUGUCGGUGACGAUGCUCAUUGUCGCGCCCUUGGGCUUGCUAGUCACGAGUGUUGCCUUAAGCAGGGCCGACAAGAUGUAUCUGUUCUGCUCCAGGGUCAAGGGGCUGGAUGAUACGGAGGUAGUCUCGUUGCAGGGACUGCGCGGAUUUUUCCGAUUCCCGUUCUUGUUUGUGAUUCCUACGGCGGUCACGGUGGGGUUGGCCUACCUGUUGACCAAGGUCAAUCCGUUGAUCAUUCACAGCAGUGAGUAUGCGGUAUGGGCCAUGAUGCUGUCGGCCUGGACCUUUCUGGCCUGGUUCGUGUCGCGCGUCGCCGACUUUGCUCGGCCCUCGGCCUUCCACCGCGUCUAUACCCUGACGUGGAUGUUCGUGCUUGCCUGGGUGAUGCUGGUGAUUGCGACGGUCUACGAGAAUCAAUGGGGUCUGGCUGGCGGCUAUUGGGUCUUCUUCUCUUUCUGUGGCACUUUCCUGGCGACCUGGAUCUCGUACCUGGAGCUCUUCGCGUUGCCCCGGAAGUCAGAGUACGCCAGUCAGUAUGCUCCGGUGCCGGCCUCGUCGCGCCGUCCCAGCAGUUACGGCGGCAGUCGACUGGGGACGGCGUCCGGGGAGGAACAUAUCUCGGAGCACGAUGGCGACGAGCACGCCGCGUCGGACGACGAACAACCUACCGAGUCAACCUCUCUGCUGGGCGGGGGCCAGCGUACCACGUUUGCCAACUACGUGCGCGUCACGGGCGAGCAUGACGACCACGACGAGCCCAGCGACCCGAACAUCUACGGGCACGAACAGCGCUGGAGCGCACACCUGCCGAGAUGGACCUGGGUGCUGCAAUUUCUGCUGACGGCACCUAUUGUGCUCAUCAUGGUCGGUCCGCUGGCGCUGCUGCUGACCAGCGCAUUGCACCAGACCGGCCAGGACGGCAGUUCCUCCCUGUUCAUCUACCUCUCCGUCGCAGCCUUGACUACGUUCCUUCUCACCCCGCUGCUCCCAUACAUCCACCGCCACACGUACCACAUCCCGCUGUUCCUGCUGGCUGUUUUCCUGGGAUGCUUGAUCUACUGUCUGGUUGCGUUUCCUUUUUCGGCGUCGAACCGCCUCAAGAUCUUCUUCCAGCAAGAGCUCAAUCUCGACACGGCGGCAACCAACGUUUCGCUGAUUGGAAUCUCGCCCUUUGUCGCCCAGGUCGCUCACUCGCUCCCGAGCGCCCAGGGCCAGCACGUGUCUUGCAGUCCGCUCGGCCCGCGCACGAAAUGCUCCUGGCCGGGUCUCAUGCCGGACGUGGUUCCCUCCGCGCAGGAGGACUACAAAUCCUGGCUCACCUUUAACAUCUCCACCUCGGAUUCUUCCCCUGCCGCUGCCGCUGCCGCUGCCGCGGAGCGCGACGACAACCUCCAAACCGCCCAGAUUCAACUUUCCGGCCUCAACACCCGCGCCUGCAAGAUCCUCUUCGACACCCCGAUCUCCUCCUUCAGCGUAGCUGGAAGUGCCUACGACCCCCGCUUCCCGCACACCUCCCCGCUGGGCACGCGGGAGAUCCGCCUGUGGAGCCGUGAGUGGGAGAACUCGUGGACCGUGGACGUCGAGUGGACCGUCCCGCCGCCGGUGCUCGCCCCGCCUGCCGAGCAGCGCCUCGUGACGGAGGAUGAGGACGAGUACAUUCUCAUCGACUCGCCCGAUACCGAGGCCGGUGGUGAUCGCUCCAAGUUGACCGGCAGGGUCGUCUGUCUCUGGAGCGACCACAACCGCGUCGGGGCCAUCCCGGCCCUCGACGAGGUGAAACAGUACGCGCCGGUAUGGGUGGCCGCCACCAAGUUCUCGGAUGGGUUGGUGGAGGGGUAUAAGGCAUUCGAGGUUUGAGUGGGGCGUGUGUGCUUCUUCUUCUUCUUCUUGUCUGAGGCUAAUCAGGUCCGUUUUCUUUUUCAUUCCUUUGGUGGUGCCUGUGAUUGUUUGGCUUGCGCAACCCUAUUCUGUCCUGUUCUGCUUUUGUUUCUGUUUGUUGUCUUCAUGGCCACCCCGUGGGUGACUUUAUGUAGCUUGUUGGAUUGGGUGUUGUGUACUACUACACUCUUUGCGGGCUGUGGCUGUAACUGUAACUGUAACGGUGACCUCCUAACUCGUACUACAAUACAACUAGCUCCUGAUGAAGAUUGGGUG